GGGUUCCAAUCUCAUCUUCUGCAUGUCACGGGUCAUGGCCAAGUGCUGGUCAUUCCGUUUGCACAUGUUUAAAUCCUCAGACACCCUCGUGGCCUCCUCCUCCUCCUCGCCCUCUCCGCCGUUCCCCCGUUCCCGACCCUCACUUUCUUCCUCCACCUAGCUCCCACAAGUACAAGUUCUGGACUUGGCUUUAUCCAACGCGCGCGCGCACACACAAACCGAAGUUCCCCCUUCAAACCCGCAGAGGCUGAGCUAGUAGCAAUGGAGAGUAGCCGCAUCAUUGCGACGUGUACUCCCCAAUGAUUGAUCAUCUCAUUCUCAUCUCUUCCAAGAGCCCCUCGUCCCGCACGCCUGCUCCCCUCCUCUUCCUCCUCCACUCUACCCGAUGACCAACAGCGGCAGCGCCGGCGUCGUCCGGAGCAUGAGCGGCAACGGCAUCGUGGACGGUGGCAGCUGGCUGGGGUUCUCGAUGUCGCCUCAUGCAGCCGCGCCCAUGGCCGCCGGCUCCGCCAUCGACAUUGGUGGCCAGCAUGUGCAGCACCAGGGCGGCUUCUAUUACCCUCCUGCCACUGUCACAUCUUCCCCGGCGUCCUACUACCUCGGUGGCGCAGGUAAUGUCGCCGCCGCCGCGAAUGGCGGGUACAACUACUACUCCGGGGUCUCCUCCAUGCCUCUCAAGUCCGACGGCUCCCUCUGCAUCAUGGAGGCGCUCCACCGAAACGAGCAAGAACACCAAGCAGGAGCGAUGGGGUCGGCGUCGGCGUCGCCGAAGCUCGAGAACUUCCUGGGCGCGGGCCCUGCCAUGGCGCUGAGCCUCGACAGCUCCAGCUACUACUACGCCGGCCGCGGACAUGCGUUGGACCGCGGCGCCGGAGCCGGCACGCACCAGGUUCAGUACGCCAUCAUCCCCGGUGCCAGCGCCGGACACGACGUGUACUACGACGCCCACGCCCACGCGGCCAUGAUGGACGAGCAGGCGGCCAUGGCCGCGGCCGGAUGGAUGGCGCGGGGCGAGGAAGGGGGAUACGACCAUGGCGGCAACGGCGCCGAGGAUGGCGCCCUGGUGCCGGUCGACAUCGGCAACCAGGUGCACCCGCUGGCGCUGUCCAUUAGCUCCGGGUCCCAGGCCAGCUGCGUCACGAUGCAGGCGUCCGCCUACGCCGGGGAAGAGUUCUUGGCCGUGGGCGCCGCCGUGGCCAGCAAGAAGCGCGGCGCCGGGCAGAACAAGCAGGCGGUCCAGCACCGCAAGUCCAUCGACACGUUCGGGCAGCGGACGUCCAAGUUCAGGGGCGUCACCAGGCAUAGGUGGACGGGGAGGUACGAGGCGCACCUAUGGGACAACACCUGCACCAAGGAAGGCCAGACCAGGAAAGGCCGCCAAGUUUAUCUUGGUGGGUAUGACAUGGAGGAGAAGGCCGCUCGGGCGUAUGACCUGGCGGCUCUCAAGUACUGGGGCCCUGCCACGCACAUCAACUUCCCGGUGGAGGACUACCAGGAGGAGCUGGAGGAGAUGAAGAAGAUGACCAGGCAGGAGUUCGUGGCGCACCUCAGAAGGAAGAGCAGCGGCUUCUCGCGCGGCGCUUCGAUCUACCGUGGAGUCACCAGGCACCACCAGCACGGGCGGUGGCAGGCGCGCAUCGGCCGCGUCUCCGGCAACAAGGACCUCUACCUGGGAACAUUCACAACGCAGGAGGAAGCGGCGGAGGCCUACGACGUGGCGGCGAUCAAGUUCCGCGGGCUCAACGCCGUGACCAACUUCGAGAUCACGCGGUACGACGUUGAGAAGAUCAUGCAGAGCAGCACGCUCCUACCGGGCGACGAGGCCCGGCGCAAGUCCAAGAACGCCGAGAGCGGCGGAGCCCUCGUGGCCAACGACGACGCCGCGGACUGGAGGACGGCCACGCCGUGCGAGGCCUUCUACGCGCUGCAGGACAUCGUGUCCGUGGACGACGAGGCCGGGUCUCGUGCGCAGGGCGGGGGCGCGCGCGUGUCGAACGCGUCGUCGCUGGCGACGAGCCUGAGCAACUCACGUGAGCAGAGCCCCGACCGAGGCGGCAGUGGCCUCGCCAUGCUGUUCGCCGGGCACGCGGCGCCGAGGCCUGGAAGCGCGCAUCAGCUGCCCUCCUGGGUUGUCUCGUCGUCGGCUCCGGUGCCCGGCGUGUCCGUCGCGCACAUGCCAGUGCCCAUGUUCGCCGCGUGGGCCGACGCUUGAGGAUGAUGCCGGGAUCGACAGGCAAUGGGUGCUCUGUAAUCUGUAGUUCGUUUAGCGGUUUAACGAGUAGUACUUCGGUAACCACUUAGUCAAGGAGUAGUGGCCAUAGUUAACUUACCGCCAUAGUUCGAUGGCGAGUAUUAAGGCGUGUGCAUGCCUGGUGCUCUUGUGGUUCCUUCUCCUGCUGUGUAUGAGGGAAGGGUUCCGUUUUUGUAAUAUUGAGCCUGUCAUGCGUGGCAUGCAACGGCAGCAUCAACGCCGGUAGCCACACCACUGGUCGGAGCUUUGGGUGGUUAGUUUCGAUCUCCUGACCUCCUAACUUCAGGAAACCAAAUACUAGUUUGUUGUUUUGCAAA